AUGAGAAACCACCGAUCAUCAUCAUAUACAUCUCUCGUCAAUGGAGUUAACCUCUUCUUCUUCCUCUUUGUCUUCCACCUACACCCGCAGUCAUCCGCCUCUACACUUCCCAAAGAAGCUCUCCCUACAAAAUCCGGCUACCUCCCGGUCAAUGACACCACCGGCUCAGCCAUUUUCUAUGCCUUCUAUGAAGCCCAAAAUUCCAAUCACACUUCUCUUUCUCAAACCCCACUUAUCAUAUGGCUUCAAGGGGGACCUGGUUGCUCCUCCAUGACCGGAAAUUUCUACGAACUUGGUCCAUGGCGACUAACACCUUCUCUGAGGAAAAACGUCAACCACCUUGAGCUCCAACCUAAUCCUGGUUCUUGGAACCGAAUAUUUGGCCUUCUUUUUCUUGAUAAUCCGAUUGGAACCGGAUUUAGCAUCGCUUCGACACCGGAAGAGAUCCCAACAGACCAACAAGCUGUAGCAAGGCAUCUAUUCAUUGCGAUCAGAAAGUUUAUUGCUUUAGACCCGCUGUUUAAAUCUCGUCCAAUUUACAUUGCAGGUGAAAGUUAUGCUGGAAAAUACGUGCCAUCAAUUGGGUACUACAUCCUUAAACGAAAUCCCCUUUUACCCCAUUCUGAAAGGGUCAAUUUGUAUGGAUUAGCUAUGGGAAAUGGGUUGACCGAUCCUGCAACCCAAGUGGGCACUCAUGCUUUGCAUUAUUACAAUCUUGGUUUGAUCAAUGAAAAACAGAAAAUCCAAGUAGAGAAGCUUCAGUUUGAGGUUGUCAACUUGGCAGAAGCUGGUAAUUGGAGUGGUGCUGCAGAUGUAAGAAGUAACAUGUUCCAUUUUUUACAGAACGUCACAGGUCUAGCCUCUUUGUAUGACUUCCGGAGGUAUCGCCCUUAUGAUUCUGAUUGGGUAGAAAAAUUCUUGAAGAACCCAGAGGUUAAAAAGGCGUUGGGAGUGAACGAAUCUAUGGUUUUUGAGGAGUGUAGUGAGGUGGUUGGGGAAGCAUUGUAUGCAGAUGUGAUGAAGAGUGUGAGGCACAUGGUGGAGUAUCUUGUUAAAAACACCAAGUUAUUGCUAUAUCAAGGGCAGUGUGAUUUGAUGGAUGGGGUGGUGUCUGCUGAGUCUUGGGUGAAGAAGAUGGACUGGGAGGGGAUUCAGAAGUUUUUGGAUGCAGAAAGAGAUGUUUGGAAUGUGAACGACGUGCUUGCAGGGUAUGUGCAAAAAUCAGAUAAUUUGAGCCAUGUGGUGGUGAUAGGGGCUGGGCAUUUCGUGCCAACCGAUCAAGCAGUGAAUUCUCAAGCCAUGAUUGAGGAUUGGGUUCUUGAUAGAGGUUUGUUCGGUAAUAAGAACACUCAAAAUCAAUCCAUGGAUCUUUAA